AUGGUGGAAGAGGAAAGAAGGGAAUUCCUUGAAAAGCACAAGAGGGGUGACUUAGAGGAGGAGGAGGAAAAGGAAGAAGACAAGGAGGACAUUCUCCCACCUGAUAAAAGUAUCCGAAGGAGAGCUGUGGGCUGGAUAAAUAAGAAGUGGGAGAAGAGGAACCUCAAGAAGAUCGAGAGAACCUAUCAGAGAGAAGCUGAGGAGGGCUAUAAGAUCGUCCACAUAGCCAUCCCUCGACACACAAGGCUAACAGCCACCAUGACACGGGCAGAGAGAGAGAGGGAGAAGAGGAAGGAGCUGCUGAAGGCUGAGAAGAGAAGGAAGAAGAUGGAGGAUUUUAAUAAGCAGUGGAGAGAGCAGUCCCUGCUUAAAAAACAAACUCAUCAGAAACUGAAGGAGGAGAGGGGGAAGAUGAAGGGACAUUACCUGGAGCAGAUGAAUCUGGAGGCUGAUGCUCAAAUCAACACCCGGUGUCUAACCACCCAACACAGCCACGAUUAUCUGGAGACAACACAGCCCACUGGAUCUGGAGAUGGCCACCAGGAAAGGCCAAGGAGGCAACAGGCAUGGGCAGAGAUCCAGGAGGGGAGUUCAGAGAACCAGCAGGAGUGGCCAGAGAACCAACAGGGGGGGCCAGAGAGCCAGCAGCUAGAAGCUCCAGAAGAGGCUGAAACAUCAGAGCCAACCUCCAAGAAGAAGAAAAGGCCAGGCAUCUGGAAGAGAAUUAAGAUGGGAGAGAUACGGGACUAUCGUGGAUCCUCUGGGGAGCCUCAACAACCUCAUGAUGCUGUAGAGGCAGAGAAGAGUCUCUCCAGAUCAGAACACCUCAAGAAACACCAGCAGAGAUCCACAGGGAAGAGAACUCACUGCUGCUCUGACUGUGGGAAGAGAUUCACCUCAUCAGGCAUUACAAUUCACCAGAGAACACACAAAGGAGAGAAGCCUUAUAGCUGUGGUCAAUGUGGGAAGAAUUUUACUACAUCAAGCAAGCUGACAUUACACCAGAGAACACACACAGGAGAGAAAUCUUAUAGCUGUGAUCAAUGUGGGAAGAGUUUUACUACAUCUAGCAAGCUGACAUCACACCAGAGAACACACACAGGAGAGAAACCGUAUAGCUGUGAUCAAUGUGGGAAGAGUUUAACUACAUCUAACAAUCUGACUCUACACCAGAGAACACACACAGGAGAGAAACCUUAUAGCUGUGAUCAAUGUGGGAAGAGUUUUACUACAUCAAGCAGUCUGACUGUACACCAGAGAACACACACAGGAGAGAAACCUUAUUGUUGUGGUCAAUGUGGGAAGAGUUUUACUACAUCUGGCCAGCUAACAUUACACCAGAGAACACACACAGGAGAGAAAUCUUUUAGCUGUGGUCAAUGUGGGAAGAGUUUUGGUCGAUCUGGCCACCUGACAUCACACCAGAGAACACACACAGGAGAGAAACCUUAUAGUUGUGGUCAAUGUGGGAAGAGUUUUGGUGCAUCUAGCACUCUGACUCUACACCAGAGAACACACACAGGAGAGAAAUCUUACAGCUGUGGUCAAUGUGGGAAGAGUUUUACUACAUCUGGCCAUCUGACUCGACACCAGAGAACACACACAGGAGAGAAACCUUACAGCUGUGGUCAAUGUGGGAAGAGUUUUACUACAUCUGGCCAUCUGACUCUACACCAGAGAAUACACACAGGAGAGAAACCUUAUAGCUGUGGUCAAUGUGGGAAGAGUUUUGGUCGAUCUGGCCAUCUGACUCUACACCAGAGAAUUCACACAGGAGAGAAACCUUCCAGCUGUGGUCAAUGUGGGAAGAGUUUUACUACAUCUAGCAAUCUGACUGUACACCAGAGAACACACACAGGAGAGAAACCUUACAGCUGUCGUCAAUGUGGGAAGAGUUGUACUACAUCUGGCAAUCUGACUCUACACCAGAGAAUACACACAGGAGAGAAAUCGUAUAGCUGUGGUCAAUGUGGGAAAAGUUUUGUUCGAUCUGGCCAGCUGACAUUACACCAGAGAAUACACACAGGAGAGAAACCUUAUAGCUGACAAGAGACAAAGAUCUCUGAUCAAAGGAGUUAUUUCGUGAUAUCAAUGAAACGAUGUCACAA